AUGGGGGAUAAUAAGAUCGAUCACACCCAUCCUUUGUUUGUACAUCCGUCUGAUACUCCAGAUUCAGUGCUAAUUCCGAUCCAGCUCAAAGGAUCUGAGAAUUACGGCCUAUGGCGGAGAUCGAUGAAGAUUGCACUUCAAGCUAAAAUGAAGCUAGGGUUUGUAGAUGGUAAGCACACUAAAGCUACGUUUCCUGCGGCAUUGCAUGAGGAUUGGAAAACUUGUAAUGCCAUAGUUCUUUCAUGGAUUAUGAACAAUGUAUCGCCGGAUCUACUCAGUGGGAUAGUGUGUGCAUCAAAUGCUCGAGCUGUGUGGGAGGAUCUUCGUGAGAGAUUUGACAAGGUGAAUCGCAUGAGGAUCUAUCAGCUGCAUAGGGAAAUUGCAAAAAUAUCCCAAGGUACCGACUCUGUAUCUACAUACUUUACGAAAUUGAAGGAACUGUGGAGAGAAUUUGAUGCAAUUGUCCCGCCCUCGAACUCUGUGAAGGACUACGUUGAACUCUUAAGUCAACAAAGGUUGCUUCAGUUUUUGGGAGGUUUAAAUGACUCGUAUAGUCAGGCAAGACGUCAAAUUCUUAUGAAAUCUACAGAGCCUAGUCUAAAUCAAGCAUAUGCCAUGGUCAUCGAGGAUGAGACUCAAAAGGGGUCGACAGGGCACAACUCUGUAGGUCUCAACUUGCUAAUGGAGGGAAAUGACAUCACUGCACUUUGGAGUGCUAAAGGAUCUCAGAAACCUAGAAAGAAUUUCAAUGUAGUGUGUGAUUUCUGUAAAAUGAAAGGACAUAGCAAGGAAAAAUGCUACCAAUUAAUUGGAUAUCCACCAGAUUUUAAGGGCAGAAGAAAGCCAGUGGCUAACUCAGCACAUUUUGGUAAUUCUGCACAACUAGGGACUCAUGGACAACAUCAAGGAAUGGGAAAUAACUCAGGAAAUGCUCACACUAGCUAUGGAGCUACACAACCCUUAGGUCCAAAUACUGACGGUUUUAAUGCAGGCUAUACAGGAUCACCAGGAUAUUUUGCAGGUGCAGAGAAAGAUGCAAGGAUGAGCAUGCGGAUGCCAAUGCCGUUCACUGCAGAACAAUAUGAUCAAAUCCUGAAGAUGCUACAAAAGGACAACUUACAUGAAUCAACAGUUAAUGCAGCUAAUGCAGCAGGUAUAAUUGACUCUCCAAUGCUUGCAAAUGCAGUUAUUGUAAGUCAUUCGACUGAUAGUAAAGCAAAUGGUGAUAUGUGGAUUGUAGAUACAGGUGCAACAGACCACAUGGUGUCCAAUAGUGAAAUGAUCUCUAAACCUAAAGAAAAUUCUAAAAGUAUAGGAGGAAAGGUUCAUUUACCAAAUGGAGAUAGCUUGGCCAUUUCUUGUGUAGGAAGCUCAGAAUUAGAUCAAGGGAUUAUAUCCAAUGACCUUCACACUGGGAAGGUGAAGGGGACUGGUAGGAGGAAUGGAGAUCUAUACUAUUGGCCUCACAGUGAUAGAGAUAGGAUUAAAGCCUCAGCAGCACUAUGUGUGAACAAUGAAGAAGAGUUAUGGCAUAGAAGACUUGGGCACAUUCCACAUAAGACAAGGUUUCCUUUUCCACAAAGCACUAGUAGAGCUUCUAAAGUUUUUAAUUUGAUACAUGGUGAUGUAUGGGGUCCCUAUAGAACUCCUACAUAUGAUGGGAAUAGAUUCUUUCUCACUCUGGUAGAUGACUAUAGUAGAAUGGUUUGGAUUUUUUUGCUCAAGCUUAAAAGUGAUGUAUCUACUGUAAUAAAGGACUUCAUGACUCUUGUGAAGACACAGUUUAAUAGUGCAAUUAAGGCAUGCAUGUGUGGUUCAUCAAAGCUCCUGUGUGUAACACCCCAGCAGAAUGGAGUGGUAGAAAGGAAACACAGGCAGAUUCUUGAGGUUGCAAGGGCUAUCAGGUUUCAGGGAAGAAAAUCACCUUUUGAAAUGUUCUAUGGUCGACCACCUAAACUACAAUAUCUCAAAGUUCUGGGCAGUCUUUGCUAUGCUACUGCCAUUGAUAGAGGUGACAAGUUUGGAGCUAGGGCAGAACCAGCAAUGCAUAUGGGAUAUUCAUCCACUCAAAAGGGUUAUAGGUUAUAUAGCCUUACUAACAAACAUUUUUUUGUAAGCAGAGAUGUCUCUUUCAAGGAGUACAUUUUUCCUUUUCAAACCACAACUUCAACAUGCAGGAGGAACACUACUGAGCAGUUAAUUGAUACAGAUGAUGCCUUCUUUAUUAAUUCCACCUCUGAGGUCUCAGAGACUGUUCCUGACUCAGCAGCAGCAUCAUCCCCUUCUCCUGAGGCAUCAUCAGCUCCUAGUCAUGUGAUUCCACCUUCAGCAGAUCUGGUACAGCCUCACAUUCCUGACAUUCCCUCAGUUUCCCCAGUUCCUGCAACAGUAAUGACACAUCCAAGUAUGGGUUCAUUGCAUGCUUUGCCAGAAGAGGGACUAAGAAAGUCUACUAGGACUUCCAAGCAACCUGGAUGGCUCAAUGACUUUGUUCAUGGGAUGCCACAAGCUGGAACUUCUACUGCCUUGAGUUCCAGUUAUCCAAUGUCAGCCUAUAUGUCAUAUGCCUCUUUAUCUUCUCCUUACUUCAAGUCCCUUUGCUCUUUUACUGCUGUUAUGGAGCCUACUUCCUAUACUGAUGCCCUUCGAGAUCCCAAGUGGAUUGCAACCAUGGAUGCUGAGCUGCAAGCUCUUCAGGACAAUCACACCUGGGAACUGGUUACCUUGCCACCUGCCAAGAGAGCCAUAGGGUGUAAAUGGGUGUAUAAGGUGAAAUACAAUGCCAAAGGUGAGGUGGAGAGAUAUAAAGCUCGCUUAGUGGCCAAGGGAUACACUCAAUAG